AUGCCGCCGAAUGAACAAAUAAUCCACGAACAAGAAUGUAAAUCCACCGUGGUGGUCGUUGGUCUUGGUAUGGUGGGGUUAUAUUUUAUAGAGAAAUUGCUCAACUAUGACGUGGAACAAAACUUUAGAAUUGUGGCUUUUUGUGAAGAAACGAGAGUGGCUUAUAAUAGAGUCGGACUGACUCAGUAUUUUACACAUCGUUCGGAAGAAAGAUUACUUUUGCAACCUCCAUCUUGGUAUGAAGAUAAAGGGGUAACAAUUCACGUUGGCGAUAGAGCCGUCCACAUCGAUCGAUCAAAAAAAGUCGUUCAUUCAUCCAAAGGUUUGGCCAUUCCGUAUGACAGCUGUAUUCUUGCCACUGGUUCUUACGCGUGGUUACCUCCAUUGCCAAAUGUUGAUAAGCCUGGUGUAUUCGUUUACCGUACUUUGGACGAUUUGGACAGUAUCAUCGAGUAUAGCAAGACUGCAAAACGUUCGGCCGUGAUUGGUGGCGGUCUACUUGGUCUCGAGGCCGCGAAGGCGUUACAUGAUUUAAACUUGGAAGUUACCAUCAUCGAACGAAACCCCUUGCUAAUGCCAAGGCAAUUGGAUCUGCCUGGUGGAGAGAUUUUACUUCGGGAAAUCAGCAAAUUGGGAAUCAAAAGUUCGCUCAGUUUACCGCCUAAGGAAAUAUUGAUUGAAGAAAAUGGAAAGACGAAAGGAAUAUUAUUCAAUGAUGGUUCAGUGGUGGAUUUUGACAUGGUGGUCGUCGCUGCGGGAAUUAGACCACGUGACGAGAUCGCCAAAUCUUCGGGAAUUACAACUCAUCCAAAGGGUGGCGUCUUUGUAGAUGAUCGACUGCAAACGAAUGACCCCGAUAUUUAUGCAAUUGGUGAAGUUGCAUUACACGCUGGUACCGUUUAUGGCCUUGUUGCUCCCGGUUAUGAUAUGGCCGAUGUUGUGGCAUCAAACCUAACCGCGAAAAAUCAGAAUAGGAAAUUCAUGGGAGGGGAUUUGUCUUGUAAGCUUAAGCUUCUUGGAGUUCACGUCGCAAGCUUUGGCGAUUACUUUUGCAGCGAAGAUAUAUCGAUGCCUUUGGUGUACAAAGAUCCAUUUGGUUCGAUUUACAAGAAAUAUAUAUUCUCCAAGGAUGGAAAACACCUUCUGGGCGGAAUUAUGGUUGGUGAUACAGAGGAUUACACAAAGCUUCAUGCUCUUUGCAAGUCAAAGAAACCCCUGACAAUGUCCCCUGGAGAACUUAUCCUAGGCGUAAAAUCUAGUCAGGCGCCUGGGGCAGAUGACCUACCUGACGAGGCUCAAAUCUGCUCCUGUAACAAUGUAUCGAAAGGUCAAAUACGGGCGGCUGUUAGAACAAAAAAUUGUCGUUCCAUCGGUGAGGUCAAAUCCUGUACGAAAGCUGGUACAGGUUGCGCUGGAUGUAUUCCCCUUGUGACCGAAAUCUUGGGAGCAGAAUUGAAAUCAAUGGGUCAAAAGGUGACACAAAGCUUGUGUCCACAUUUUGAAAUGACUCGUGCUGAGCUCUUCCAGGUUGUCAAGAUCAAAAAAUUGAAAAAAUUCAAAGAGAUAAUCAGUGUUGUUGGUAAAGGAGCGAACGGAUGCGAAGUAUGCAAACCAGCUGUGGCCUCAAUUCUAGCUAGUUUAUGGAAUGAACCCAUUCUUGAUCAUGCCAACCUCCAAGACACGAAUGAUCGUUAUCUUGCCAACAUUCAGCGUGGCGGUUCGUAUUCUGUCGUGCCCCGUGUACCAGGUGGCGAGAUAACACCUGAAAAAUUAAUUGCAUUAGGUCAAGUAGCUAAGAAAUAUGGACUAUAUACUAAGAUUACGGGCGGACAAAGAGUUGACCUCUUCGGUGCAAAAAAAUAUGAUCUCCCUGAUAUUUGGGAGGAACUAAAUAAGGCAGGAUUUGAAUCGGGUCACGCUUAUGGUAAAGCUUUAAGGACUGUAAAAUCUUGUGUUGGUUCUACUUGGUGCAGAUACGGAAUCGGCGAUUCAGUGGGAUUUGCUAUUCAAAUUGAGAACCGUUAUCGAGGCAUUAGGUCACCGCACAAACUUAAAGGUGGAGUAUCAGGGUGCAUUAGGGAAUGUGCUGAAGCACAAGGGAAGGAUUUCGGGCUAAUUGCCACAGACAAAGGUUAUAACAUUUACGUUUGUGGAAAUGGUGGAUCGAAGCCUAAACAUGCAGUUCUAUUAGCAAAAGAUGUUCCCGAAGAGUUAUGCAUCAAGUAUUUGGAUCGAUUUUUGAUGUACUACAUUCAUACAGCGGACAGACUGACGCGCACAGCGAGAUGGCUUGAAAAAAUGGAAGGUGGCAUCGAUUACCUUCGUUCAGUUAUUAUUGAUGACAAACUUGGGAUAUGCAAAGAUUUGGAAGAAGAUAUGGCACGAUUAGUUAACACAUAUCAAGACGAAUGGGCAGAAGUUAUUAACAAUCCUGUCCGGCGUAAUCAAUUUAAGCAGUUCGUUAACACAACAGAGACUCAAAUAGAAAUUGAAGACAUGGAAGAACGCGGUCAACGCCGUCCUGCAGAUUGGCCCAAGGCAUUUCCAAUGGUACCUCAGCAGCCGAGCACAGACCUGAAACAAGAAUCAUGGGUCAAUAUUGCCCCUGUGGAAUCGUUCCCUGAGGACGGCGGACAAGUCAUCAAGUACGGUGAUACCCAGAUUGCAAUAUUUAAUACCGACGGGCGUAAAAAUUGGUAUGCCACCCAAAAUAUGUGUCCGCACAAGAGAGCGUUUGUACUUUCAACCGGCAUAAUUGGUGACGACGAGAAUGGAGUUUUACAUGUCAGCUGUCCGAUGCACAAAAAGAAUUUUGCUCUCGAAACCGGGGAGUGUAUAUCAGGAGAUGUUGGGCUAAAACUCAUGACAUUUGAGGUUAAAAUCGAGGAAAAUCAUGUUUGGUUAAAUCUUCCCCCAUCCAAUGAACUUGAUCGACUACUUGGAACGAGCAAAUGGAUUGUGACCAAGAGUUUAACGAAAAAGGGUGCUACUAAAAAUAGUAGCGGGGUACAAUUUGUUGGAAACGCAAUUCCUUGCGGUGGCGCCGG